UUGUAGUGGUCGGGAAACACGUGCGAGGGACUUCUCCGGCGUGUCAUGUCAUUUCUGCGUGAUCUGGAGGGUUGAGCACAAAGUAGUUAGAUGCACAAUGGAGGUAUUAGUGAAGGAAAUGAGCCAGAGGGCGCUGCCUUUAAAACAGAUAGAUGAGCUGCUUAAACUUCACCUAAAUAAGCACAAAGGAAAGAUUCUACCAUGGACCAACAUUGCCAGACUGCUCUCCAAGGAAGUUGUCGAGUCAGAAUCCGGAUUUCUUUUUCAAAACAUCAGGAAACUGUGCAAACUAAAAUUGUCAGAUACCGUGAGCCAGGGCUUGAAACUCCCCAAAAAAUCAUGUCAGAAGUACCGUGACAUGCUCAGUCGGCUCCAGACUGAAAUGCAUUACAACUUUGAGGACACUGAUGUGCCUCUGGCCGACCUGAAUCAGCUGUCGUCGCACUUCCUUGCCGCAAUAAUUGACUUGACUACCCCUUCCAUUCUGCAAGGUUGUGAGGCUGAAGCUGUGUCCAGGAUCUACAUCAGGAUAACUCUGAUAAUGGGUUCAUCUCCUGACCUCAUCCUGGAUACACUCCUCCAGUGUAAGACACUUAUCUACAGCAGUAUAAGGAACCCAGUUAUAUUUAUACCUCUUAUCAAGAGAAUCUUCAACACAUUCAAGGUGCAAACUUCCUUAACCCCAAAGCUGUACCUGAAGUUCCUGUUACUAGGGAAACUUUGGCUCUUUAUGGAAGAAAAGUCAAAGCUUCCAAGUACAAGGAUGUACAUCAUAAAGUCAUUGCCCGUCCCUCAGUCAUUUAAGGAGUGGGCACGACAGAACAACUUAGAUUGGUUGAAGGGGAAUGACUUCACCACAAAGAAUAUCUUGAAGAGAAUGACAGUCUCAACAACUUUGAAUAUUUUGCAUGGGAAACGUGUUGUAAAACCACAGGAGCUUGCUUGUGAUAAAACAAUGAAGGAGGUGAAUAAUAAGAACAAAAACAUACUUGUUCAAGAAAAGGAAACCGUUGCCAGUGAACACUGUGAAGUCAAAGCUGAAAACACAGGGAAUAAUGAUGAAAAGAAAAAGAAGACAAAGAGGAAGAAGAAGAAGAGGAACAAGAAAAAGAAGGCAAAUACAGACAAAGAAAAGGAUGAUUCCAUAUCUAGGAAAGAGACAGAGGAAAUGACAAAGAGGGAUGAAGCGAAAGAGCAAGAGAAUGCCAAACCAGGAAAGAGCGCGCUAAAGCAAAGGGAAAGAGAAGGAGACGAUGAAUUGCCGGAAAAUAUCAAGAAGCUGAAAGUCCAAAGCGUCCAGAAAGUAGUCGAGAAACGUGAAGAAACAAGUCAGGAAGAAAUGUCCGACAGUUUUAGGGAGAGAAAGUCAAAUAAUCAGAAGCGUAAGAGUCUAGAAGAAAACUCACCAGUUUUGGCCAAAGUGAAAAAGUUUGCUUCAAAGAGUGGAGAGGAACUUAUGGAAAAGGAUAUAGAAGUUCUGGAUGAAAAUAAGAAAACUAAGAGAAAAUUGGAAACUGUUGUUGAUGAGGCUAAGGAGAGGAUUGAUAAUAAGAGGAAGAACGAUACUAUGUUGAAACGUGCAUCUGAAAAAAUCAGGACCGACAAGUACGUAAAAGCUGUUCAGAAGUUAGCUGACACACACCAGAAAGGAAAGGAAGCAGGACAUUCUGAUGCAUCUCGAGUUGCAGAAAGCCAAAUUCACAAGGGCAGAGUGAACAUUGUGAAGAAGAAUCAGCAAGUAACGAGUAGAAGCGAGGAGUUCAACAGCGUGGGUGAAGAGAUAGAGGAAGCCAUUCACAGUAUGGUUGAGAAUAAAGAGGUUAAGACUCCCGAGGUGAAGAAGAAGCUCUGUCUCGUCAGUGAGGUUACUCCCGAUGGCCAGAAUAAGAAGCUGAAGACACCACCAGUGAUAAGAUUACAUGAUAGGAGUCUGGAGAAGAAACAGUUAGGCUCUAGUCCAUUGAGUGGAAGAAGUGAGGAGAGUGUGACUAGCCCCAGGGAGAAGGCAACCCUGACAAGAGAAGAUAUCAUUGAAGUGCGGCAGAGAAUAAGACGCAAUAGUGUUAGCUUUACUGUCACAGAUUUACUGCUGAAUGAUGUAACCCCUAAUAAAGGAAAGUCACCCUACCAAGGAACUAACAAAAUUUGUAGUAGAACAGUUCAAAGUCCAUCUGGAAUGACCUUUGAAGUUUUUGACAUGGACGAUGACGAUGACCAAAGUGUAGAUUCAGAUGACGCAUCGAGUGACAGAGCAUCGACUGAGGAACCUGGAGAGGAAAGUAAUGUGAAUGAAGAAGCUGAAGAGAAUGAUACUUCUGAUAUUAUUGAGGUUUCUGAGACUGAUUCAGUAGUAGCCGUAACACAGACCCCUAAGAAGGAUCAUGCUGUUAAUGAUAAGACCAAAGAAAUAAGCAAUACUUCUGCAGGAAAGGAAUUAGAUUCAGAACUGGAAAUUGUCGAAGUUAUUCAGAGCAAAGAGCCUGCUGCUUCUGAGAAAGAUGAAGCUGCACUUGAAGAUUCAUCAGAUAUCGAUGAAGCAUCUGGAUCUGACUCUGACAUCAUUCCGUGCGAUGAAACUGCCAAGAUGUUUACAGAUGAAGAAAAUAAACAUUACCAUGAUAAACUAAUUGCACAGGAAUUAAAAAGAAAGGCAGAAAAUAUCGUGGAAAUGGAUAAACUAGAAUUCCAGAGGAAGAAGACUAAGGAGAAUGGCCACCAUGUCAGUAAUGGCGAUGAUGCUAGGAACCCCAACACAGACGAGAGGAAAUGUGAAGUAGUAACUGUGGAUUGUAGUUCCAAUAGCCACGCCGACGAAAAGCGGGGAAGUGAACAAGAAUUAGAGAGCGACGGGGACAUGGAAAUACUCCUGCAGACGAUUGCCAGGGAUACUGGUAGAAUAGCUUCUGUGAGUGGAUUUAAAGAAAACUUGGUUCCUAAGGAGGUUAUUCAAGACAGAUUAGAAGAAACCAAUGUUAAGGAGAGUGCAGUGAAAGAAAAAGAAGCUGAUUUAGCUUCUGAAAACAAAAAGUUAUUAUCAAAUGGUCCUGUAAGUACCAGUGAAUCCACAGAUGAAAAUCUUUCAAAUCAUGCAAAGGACUUGGACAGCAGGAAGGUAAAUGGUAUAGAUGCACUAGCAAAGAGUCCUAUUCUGUUUGAGGAUGACGUUAUAGAAAAUAAGAAAGAUGAAGAUACCAAGCAUAGACCUGAAAAUGAAGCACCUUCUGAAAAUAACAAGGAAAGUGAUAUUAACAGUGAAAAUGUUGAAAGCAAAAGUCAAGAGAAUAGCAUAGAGGUCGAGAAUAAGUCUGCAGCUAAUGACUCCUUCAGAUCAGAAUCACCGGAUGUAGAACCCCUCAGGCUCGACAGUGAGUCCCCACAGAAGCCAACUGUUUCUCCAGACAAUAAGAAUUCCCAGUCCGUAGAGAAUACUUCAGGCACACCUGCACCACCACCUUUGAAAGAUUCAAUGCCUGUAGAUUCUGUAGAAGAGGAUUCUGAAUCUACUGAAGGGGCUGAUGAGGCAUACGAAGCCAGUAGUGAUGCGUCGGAGGAUCCCAUGCCAAAAGUUCGCAAAAGGACCAGGUCAUUACGGAGAAAUCUUAUUUCGCAUUCUGUUUUGCAGGAUGCCUCAGAUUCCGAUGUUUCUCCUAUAAGAAACAGGAGAAGUCGUAUGACUUCUGAAGUGACAUCCACUGCAGGAAAGGAAUCUCCCCGUAGGCAAAGGACACGCAGCUCAUGUUCAGAAGUUACGGGGCCUUGUCCAGAUACUUUAGAUACAGGUCGGCUUGAAUCGGCUCCCAGUGAUAUAGUUAAUGAUAUUAAUAUAAAGUCCUUGAGUGAAGUUGUGUGUGAUGUUCAUCAAAACAUUAGUGAAUGUGAUUCUUUGUGCAGCUUAGAAACUAUGCAGGAUUCCACAGGUACUCAUAUUACCAGUGAAGACACUUCUUUCUUCUUAAAUGAUGUGAAAGGAUCACACAGCAUAUCCUCAAGUGCUACACCCAUUGUUUCAGCUUCAGGAACUCCCAUUAAGAAUGUUACUGACUCGGUGUCAUCCCCUAUUACCAGACGUUCCUCCAGACUACUUGCUAGCGAAGUCCUUGAAAAAAGUAAAACUCAGAGGCGAUCUCUACCUUCAGGUGCGCUUUCUGAUGCAGCAGUCACCACAAAAACCUUAGCAACAAGAGUUCUGACCAGAAAUGCAAGACGAAAAUCUUUUUCAGACACUGAAGUGCACUCACAGCAGGCACAUCAGCAGAAGCUUGAUGUGAUAGGAAGUCCAAAGGUAACUGAAAAAAUAGAAAGUAAUAUUACAGAGAUCAUGAAGGAUACUGAUGGAGAACUUGACUCUGACAACUUGUCUCUAGGAUUGGAUGGAAAUUUCAGUUCUUCUAGUCUCUCUUGCAGUCUCCUUCAGAUUGAAGAGGAACCCCUUGCUGAAUGUGAUAAUAAUAAUGAAAAACAGAUACAGGCUGUUGUAAAUGACCUGAGAAUAUAUGAAAUAAAUGCAGAUGCAACAAGUGAAUCUCAGACCCAAGAGAAGGAACAAAAGGUAGUAUUAGCAAAUCAGGUCAAUGCUUCAGCGGAAGACUUGCAAGAGGGCACGGAUGCAACAGAGUCUGACAUUAUGUGCCAUGCUUCUGAUUCUGAAAAUCAAGUAAAACUAAAAGAAACUGAAUCUAUGGAGGUUGUUAUUUGUGAUCAGCUAAUAAAGGAAACAGCACUGGAAGAAGUAGAGGCUUGUUUACCUGAAGAUGUAGAUGAAGAACUUGAGGUCCUCUCAACAUCUGGUGUAGAUGAUACUGAAGAUUUAUCCUAUGGAUUGUCCAGUUCUUUCACACUUAAUAAGGAUGAGGAUUCAGAAAAUCCAGAAACACAGAUGACAACUCCAAAAUCCUUCACUAGAUUAAGGUCCUUGUCUCAACGUAGAUCUGGUGGCAAGGGUUCUAAGAAGGAUGAUAGAGUCAAUGAUCUGAAGUUUGAUUCUCCUCAUCUGUCCUCUCCAAAAGUCAAAGCUCAGCUAGUCUCAGAAGCCGUCUUGAACAAAGAAGUUCUAAUAAGCCCUGAGGUCAGUGAUGAAGAGUGUGAGUUGGUAUCACCUGGGGGAGACGAGACUGACCUGCCAAAGGACAGUUUCUCACUGGCCGGUGGUCCUGAUCCUCUUACACCAGUAAGCCGUAGGAAUAAGAGGAGGAGUGGAGGUGGCAUUAGAUCUCCUCAGAAAAUGAUCCCAGAAGAGCAGGAUGAGACUACGACUCAUAUGGCUAGUGUUCGUGGAUCUCCUGCUAGUAAGGCAUCACGCAUUCAGAAGACCAAGAUGUUUUCAGCAAAAUCACCCAAAAUUGUUGCAGAAAAUACUGAAGGAAGUGCAGACAUAACUGUAUCAGAACAGCAAAAAUCUGUUAUUACAGAAACAGAAAACAAAAUAAAGUCCCCUGCAAAGAGUGCAUUGGAAGAACCUUCGGAAGAAAUCCUUUCGAAUACACCUCCCGUUCUAGAAACACCAGCAACGACACCAUCCCCUAGAAGAAAUUCAGGCAAAGGCCACAUCACAGGCUCAGGCAGUCAGGAAGCUCCAGAUAUUGAUGCAGAAAGUGAUACUUCUGUUGUGAAAGAGUCAAGUGAGGUGGCCAGUGUAAGUAAACAAGAGACCGGCUCAAAUUUGGACUCGGAAAAUAAAUAUUCCCCAGUGAAAACAAGACGGAACAGAAGGUCAUCGCUUGCAAUUAUGGCCCAAGAAGGCAAGCUAACAGACAACGAUAAGAUUAGCAAGCUAAAAUAUAGCUCGCCUGAACAACAGGAUGAAAAUGCAGAGAAGACAUCGAAAGAGGAUUCUACGCCUGUAUAUAGAACGCGUCGAAGCAUGACUCUGAAGAAGCAAGACCUGAAACAAGAGUUGUUAUCUGCCCCAUUCUCCCCCAGGAGGAGCAGUAGAAGGAAGUCAGUAGCAUCGAAUUCAUCUGAGAGCACAUCAACUGCAAUUUCUCCCGAUCCGCCGCCGCCCUCGAGGGGUCGCGCGCCGCCUGCUGAAGCCUCCCUGGACUCCUUCAGCCUGAAGCACAGAAGACUCGCCCGCUGCCGCCCCCCCCCCCCUGUUCUCAUGGGGCCCGGGGAUUCACACGCUUUCGGUGCCUCGCAACACUCACCCUCCCAGACAAUGCUACUGGCCAAGCCUACUGCAAUUGCAUUUCAACGCUUGCCGAUCUCGCGACUGGACUUGCCAGGGAUUCCAGCUGAGAUGUUGGGCUCAUUGGCAACCAAGCAACCAAUCUUUCACGCUGGGCCCCAUGUGUGUGGGAAGGCCCGGGCGAAGCUUACUUUCGUAAAUCCUAAUGAAAUGAAAUGA